AUGGUGCUAACCUCACCAGGUCAUCCGUCCGACACUGGCAAUGCCAUUGCUGCCGGCGGUGAACCACAAGGCACACAUCUUUCCCGGGACGGCGAUGUUACCCUGGGCGACGGUGGCGGAGAAGACGACGACGACGACGGGGACAAGGCCAGCUCUGCUACCCUGUCGCUGAUAUCCCAAGCUACACCGUCAACUUCUUCUAAGAAGAAACGCAAAGAGAAACCCAAGAAGAAAACUCCAUCCGUGAAGCAGUCAUUCCCACCACAAGUUCCUUUGAAGAAUCUCUUCCCUAGUGGUCAGUAUCCAAGCGGCGAGAUUCAGAGCUUUGGAUCCGUGGUCGAGAAUACGGCGCGCACGACAGCUGAGGACCGCUAUUUGGCCCGCCCGCACAUUCACGAUGACAGCUUUCUCAACAACUAUCGCAAAGUAGCAGAGGUCCAUCGCCAGGUCCGGGGCUUGGUGCAGGACAGUGUUCGGCCCGGCCAGGCUCUCACAGACAUCGCAGUAGGCAUUGAGGAUAGCGUUAGAGCGCUGCUCGAUAAUGCCGGCCUCGAAGCUGGACAGGGCCUUGAGUCUGGAAUGGGAUUUCCCAUCGGGUUGGUGCUGAAUAAUUGCGUUGCGCAUUACACGCCAAAUCCUGGUCAGAAGGAAAACUUCCUACAGGAGAGCGACGUCAUGAAGGUCGAUUUUGGUGUCCAUAUCAACGGUUGGAUAGUUGACAGUGCGUUCACCAUGCCAUUUGAUCCAGUAUAUGACAAUCUGUUCGCUGCAGUGAAGGACGCUACAAACACUGGUAUCAAGAAUGCCGGUGUUGAUGUCCGGAUCAGCGACGUAAGUGCUGCCAUCCAAGAAGCGAUGGAAAGCUACGAGGUUCAAAUUGACAGCAGGAUCGGCCUGGGCAAGCCGGUUGUCCCUGACGAGUGCAGGAUCAACGUCCCAACUUGA